UUCCAUAAAUUAAAUUAUCACUUUAAAAAAGUUUAUUAAAUAGUAUAGCUAGGUGCUACUAGCUAGUUAUUAGUCAUUUAAUUAGCACCAGCUUUGAGAGAGAAAUUAGAUUAAGAUGGAGAUGGAGAAAAUGAGAAGAGGGUUGGUGAUGCUCACCUUUAUGCUACUUUGCAGUCACCGGCCGGCUACGGCAGAGCAGCAGCAAGUUGAAGCAGCCACUACGACAGUAUCUGAACCCAGUGAGAAUGAUAGUUGCAUGAAGUUCCUGCUAUGCGUGAAGAAUCCAAGUAGCAGCUGCAUAACAGAAUGCUGUGAUUCAUUCAACUUCAAUGCUCCCCCUCUAACAAAAUCUAUCUGCUGGAGUGUUGCGGAGCAAAUGGAUAUAAAGGCUUUAACCGGUCUGCAAAAAUAUUGUGGCUUCAAGGCUCCUCCUAGUCCACAUAACCAAGAAAUCAACCAGCAAGAGGUGAUUGAAACUAGCAAACCCAUAGACAACAAAUGUAGUAGCAACCAGCAAGUUUGUGCAGAAGAUCAAGAAAAGUUAGAGAAUUGCAUGUCCAACACACCCUCCAUUGACCAAAAUUACCCAACGUUUAACAUUAUGCAUGGCCCUAACGGCGGAUACUACAAUUACGCUGAGGAUUCAAUCAACCAGCAAGAGAUGAUUGAAACCAUCAAAGCCAUAGCAAACAAUAGUAGUAGCAACCAGCAAGUGGCUACAUGCUGUGCAAAAGAUAAAGAAAAGAUAAAGAAUUGCAUGUCAAACACAGACUCCAUUGACCAAUGUUGCCCAACAUUCAACAUAAUGCUUGGCCGUAACUGCGGAUGCUACAAUUACGCUGAGGAUUUAGACAAUCAAGUUCUCAUCACACUUGAGAGUUACUGUGAUGUCACUAAUCCAUGCAAGACUGCUCAAGUGAUGUAGGAUUCUGAGAGGGGGAUAUUGGAGGUAAUCUAAAAUAAUAUGUAUGUAUCGUUUUUAUUAUAUGAUGACUGAUCGAGCUCUAUGUAAUAAAUUUUCGUUGUUAUCUUUAAUGCACACUGUUGUGAGGAUCAGGACAAGGUAUUUUCAAAGUGAUCGUUUAGAUUCUUUUUCAA